AUGAUCUCUCGCAGUAUCGCUCGACGCAUUGCUAGCCGUUGCGAAGGGGUGCUGGCGGUCUCUUAUCAAGUGCCAUCGUUAGCACGUUGUGCAGUUCCAUUUGGCGUGGUGUCAGGAGUUGCAGCCAAGAGCCAUGGUGUCGUUGCAGUCGCCGGUUUGGUUGCAGGCGGAUGUUGCAAGGCUGUUCAAUGUGAUGAUGAAGGCAGAGGUUCAUCCCAGUACAUCGAUGAUGAAGGCAACACUUUCCAUAUAUUCAGCGACAAGAAGAGUGCAAAAGCAGCUGCAAAUCGCGACGGGAAUUCGCGAGCAGUUUUCCAUGGACCUCACUUGCCAGGCUACCUCCCGCAUUACCAUGCCGUAGCAGAUGGUCAGAAUAGUUUUGCGCAGUAUGUUUGGUUAGAUACGGUGCAGAUGCUUCGCGAACAUUGGCUUGACCGCGACGUGCCUCUGGAUGUGAAGCAUGCUCGCGACCGCGUGCAGCGGCAGCUUGCAGAAAACGAUCAUAGGGAAUAUACGAGGAUGCGAGACAUUGAAGAGAAGCAGGCGCAUCAGCCUCCAGAGCAGUUGGAGGCAGCGGAGUUCAAUAAGUUUGGCGUCCCCACAAUAGAGCAGCACAAAGAGGGAGUACAGGUUGCCGUCCGAGAUUGCCUGUUGGUUUCAAUCCUGAUGCAAUUCGACAACUCGUCAUCCUCGCGUUCGUACUCCAUCGGAGACGCUCUCGCUGCGAGCUUGCGCGCAGUAUUGAUCGAGUUCCUCUACUUCUGUGGGCACUCGUUCGAGGCAAAGUAUGGUUUGCCUACCUGGACAGCUCCACUUUUCCCUUGCCUUCUAGGCGGCCCUGGAGGUCAGUGGAGCGCGCUUGCUACGUGGUACGGAAUGCGGGCUGGCUGGAGCACCGACGAAAUUGUGCAUUUCCGGAGCCAGGUAAGUGGUGUGAUAACAGCUCACUCCAUGUCGACUACAAAAUCUCCAACCGAUCGUGAGCAGUGA